CACUGGCCCACUAUUUUGUUAUUCCUACGCAGUUUAGACAGACUGGCCGCAUAAUUCCCCUAAUUGGAAUUAAAACUGACAUAAAACCAUGACGUUGUUUGGUCUAAUCGCGCUGCUCAGCAUGCUGAACACAUUCCUGCCAGACUUCAUAAGGAACUACCUCAAAGUGUCCCGCUUGUGGGGCGCCAGAAACUCGUCGGAAAUCCGGCAGCUGCAGAAGGAGGUGGAGUCCGCCCGGGAACAAGUAGAGGAGGUGCGCAAUGCAGAGCAUUCGGGGGAGUAUGCCAGGACCAUCAAAAUUAUGCGCGCCGAGCGAAAAGUAACGGAGGCGGAGGCCAAACUUAAAUCCGCGCGUGGAGUGGAGAAUCUGAUGCGGAUGGGCAUCGACACGGCCGUGUUCUACGGCUCCAAGGUGCUGCUCUCGCUGAUCACGGUCAUUGUCAGCAUCCGGAAUCGCGGCACACCCGUAAUGAUCAUCGACGAGGGCAUCAGCCUAGCCCCGUUCACAGGCCUCCUCAGUUUUCCCACCGGCGUGGCCAAUGCAAUUUCCGUGCCCGCCUGGGCCUUCUCCUGCAACCUGACUUUCCGGCUCAUUUACGGCCUGGUGAAAAACCGCAGGGCGUGAUUUAGUCAGGAUGAAAACCCUCCAUUUAGUUUAGAUGCUAGAGAGCGCUCGACACUACUUACUUUGUUAUGAUUUGCUUAGCUUCAUCACGCAUUAACACUAUUAAUGUAACGGCCCAAUUUUUUGUAAACAUUGUAAACACAAAA